AUUCUCUACUUCACUCCGUGCAGUUUUGUGUAUUUUGGUCGGAAGACGCGGAAGAUCUCCGUUUUCAACACCUUAGAUUUAAAUACCAAUUCUUCCGACCUCUAUUUACUGUGGCCCCCUUUGCCUCUUGAACUUUUGAUGCCAAGUUGCUAGAGGACAUAUUGCUGCUGCUCUUCGACCCGAUAAGACUGCAGGAGUUGUCAUCCACACGCUUUCGGCGAACUUAUUCGGGUUUUCCGAUAUACUGCUUUAACGAGUGAUUGUUUAUCUGGGAGACUGGGAAGGUGCUGUUUUUGCCAUUUGGAUACAGUAAUUUGAAGAUCGACCGAGGUCGGCGGUGGGCAGCAUGCCGCAGAACGAGCACAUCGAGCUCGCACAGAAGCGCCAUGGUAGGCGAUUGGAUUAUCAUGAAAAGAAGCGCAAGCGGGAGGCUCGAGCGCCUCAUGAACAGGCCAGCAAAGCUCAGUCUUUGCGCGGCAUUAAGGCCAAGAUCUACAAUAAACAACGGCAUCACGAGAAAGUUCAGAUGAAAAAGACCAUUAAAUUGCAUGAGGAACGCGAAACCAAGCAGAAGGAUGCACCGGUGCAGGAAGGUGCCGUUCCGGCCUACUUGUUGGACCGUGAGACACAGAGCCGAGCCAAGGUUCUGUCCAAUAUGAUCAAGCAGAAACGGAAAGAAAAAGCCGGAAAAUGGACUGUCCCCAUUCCUCAAGUCAAGGCUGUCAGCGAAGCGGAAGUUUUCAAGGUUCUAAAGAGUGGAAAGUCUAAGAAGAAAUCAUGGAAGAGAAUGGUCACUAAGGUGUGUUAUGUGGGAGAAGGAUUUACGCGCAAGCCUCCGAAAUACGAACGAUUUAUCCGACCGAUGGCUCUUCGCUUUAAGAAAGCGCACGUUACGCAUCCAGAACUGAAAGCCACUUUCCAGUUGCCCAUAAUUGGCGUGAAAAAGAAUCCUAGCUCACCUAUGUAUACGUCUCUAGGUGUAAUCACCAAGGGUACGGUGAUAGAAGUGAACGUUAGCGAACUGGGUCUCGUAACGCAAGGCGGAAAGGUCGUCUGGGGAAAGUAUGCUCAGGUUACGAAUAAUCCCGAAAAUGAUGGGUGUAUUAAUGCUGUUCUUUUAGUUUAAAAUAAAGUAUUGUACAGUCACUGUGACUGUAAAUACGAUCUGCGUGAGAAAUUCCUGUUUUGUUACAAAAGCUACGCUGUACAAUCCUUUUUACGAUGAGAAAGUAAUUUGAACUGAGUAGAGAAUUCGCUGAUUACAGAGUAAAAUAAAAUGAUAUGAAUGUUAAAUGAAUGGACACAAAUCC